AUGUUGAGAGGCAUCAAAGCCGUAUUCUUUGAUAUGGAUGGAACGCUUCUUAAUUCAAACCACAUUCCAAAGCUAGUAGAUAAAGUGUUCUUUAAAGCUCACAAUAUGGAAGUUCCACAAGAUUUACCAAAAAAGCUUUAUGGAAUGAGUCUAUUUCAAUCAUGCCAAUUCUUCACAACAUUAGGUGUUAAAGGUACUGCAGAAGAAAUUCAUAAACAAUGA